GCGCACUGCAAUUUCUGUCACACUUCCGAAUAUUUUUCCUAUCAACUUUUUGUGUUUCUUGACUCGAAAUCCUAUCAAGUUCACUAAUCUAGCAGCAUGGCAGACACAGAAAGUCAACAAAAACCUGAUGCGGAUAAAGUAAAGAAGAUCAGGAUUCAAACCGGUGUCUUAAAGAGGGUGGCCAAGGAGAAGUUGUCUUAUGCCAAGCAGGCCGAGAAGGAAACAGAACAACUCCAGAAAAUGGAGGCAGAUUCAAGCAAAUGUGAACACGAUAUCAAAUUAAUACGUAACUGUCGUGAUGAAAGCACAAAUAUGGUCAGAGUUGUGGGAAGGAACCUCACUCAGGCACAUGAAAAACUUGUGGGAAUUAUGAGAGAAGUAGAAGACGAUGCUCUUGUAAAAGAAACCGAAGAAUACAAGAAAAUGUUAGAAGUUUUAGAAGAAGCCAAGCCAGCAUUAGCAUUGGAGCCGUAUUAAUUGAAUGGGAUCACCUCCCAUUGAAACCAUGGACUCUUUCAUGUGAAUAAUGAUGUGAUAUUGACUUUGUUUGUUGACGAAUAGAGUCACUAGGCAAUAUGGCCAUUUCUGGAGAGACGCAACACCUUGUAGUGCAUUGCAAUGAGAUCUCUUCUUUUGCUUUGCACACCGGAUAAAAAGCCCCUGCCUCUCAUAAUCAACGCAAAAAUUGUUUGUACUCAUUUGCCAUGUGUUUGGUGGUUUAAGGUGAUAUUGGAAAAUAAAAACUGGGGAUAGCCACUUGUUAUCCUCUUGGGCAGCCUAUUAGAUUUUGUUACCCACUGAUUUAGCUUAGUGCCCAAACAAGCUGCUUAUAGCAGUUGGAAAACCCUAAGAAGACAUAAAUAAAGGGCAUCCAGUUAGUACAUUUAGUUGACUCCUCCGUCUUCAACACCAACAGACAAGUGACAUGCGUAAAAUUCACAAAUAAUAGUUUGCAAAAUCUUCAGUUAUUGUAUAAUAUUGUUAAUUUAAUUCAUAUUCCUAUUCAUUUGUCUAAUUGUCAGUGAUUACUAAUUGUCAGUACAACAAUUAUCAAAAGGAUUGCUGCAGCUACUCCUUGGCAGGUAUGAUUAAAGGAAAUUUGCAAUGAGUCAUUCAUUGCAAGUGGGUUUUUUUCCUCUGUAUAAAUUGAGGGUACUGCUUUAAGCACUUUCCUGAAUUUCUUUUUGAUAAAUUUAGUUCUCAUA